AAGAGGUAGAAACCGCUAAGCUUGGAUCGAUCGAGAGGGAAGAAAGUCGCGACACGAUUCCCUUCGGCUCCUCUAACGGAUCGCCCUCUCGCCCCUUCUCCUCUUCCUUCCUGUCUGCCAGGAGGGUGGAGGGACCUCGAUCAACGGUUGACUUGCCGAAGAAUCGCCUGCGAGAAAAGCGGAUAGGGGAUGGGCGCGGCGAGGGAUGUGGCUGGACGUGCCGAUGACCUUCGACCGCUGGCGACGGAUCCCGUUCUAGGAGAGUCCAAGUGGUGGCCGCCUGGGUUCCGAUUCCACCCCACUGACGAGGAGCUUGUUCUCUACUACCUCAAGCGCAAGGUCUGCGGCCGCCGCAUUAAGCUCCCCAUGAUCGGUGAUGUCUACGUCUACAAGUGGGAGCCCUGGGAACUCCCUGCGAAAUCAUUAUUGAAGAAUGGUGACAAGCAGUGGUACUUCUUUAGUCCGAGGGAUAGGAAAUAUCCCAAUGGAUCAAGAGCCAAUCGGACUACAAAUUGUGGUUAUUGGAAGACCACUGGUAAAGACCGGACCAUCUCUCAGAAUUCUAAGGCCAUGGGCAACAAGAAGACACUCGUCUACUACCAUGGACGUGCGCCUAAAGGAGAGCGCACAGAUUGGGUGAUGCAUGAGUAUACCUUGGACGAGCAGGUGCUCUCAUGCUAUAACAAUGUGCAGGAUUAUUAUGCUCUCUACAAGGUCUUUAGGAAGAGUGGACCUGGUCCUAAGAAUGGGGAGGAGUAUGGAGCACCCUUCAGAGAAGAGGAAUGGGAUGAUGACGUAAUGGAUGAGAGCUUCAGGAGCCUGGAUAACACAGAAUCGCAAGUGAAUGAUCAAAGCACUGCAGUGCCAGUGACUGAGCCUGUUCAGGAUGUAAACUCUAGUGGCAGAAUAGAUGAUGGCAGGAACACUCUUCCAAUGAAUGAGUGGGAGGAUCUUUUGCUAAACUUAGCUGAUGAGCAAGACGCGAUCGGACAGUAUUCUGAAUUUGCUGCACAUGCUGCCGAGAUUGAUGUUGAAACAGAACUUGGAAAGCACAAGUCAUGUCUGCCUUUAACUGAAGCUAGUUCUUUUGAAGACAGUAUCAUUUUGUCUGAACUGAGCACCUUGGAAGACAACUUUCUAGCACCUGAACAAGUUUCUUAUGCACAUCCUGUUGAAAGUCAUGAGAUGCCUUCAUUAACUUGUAACCCUGAUCCGUCUCUACUGCAGACUGAUGAAGAGUAUGUAGAAAUCAAAGAUUUAAUUGAUCUAGAAUCCAUCAUACUUGGCGAGGAAAGUUUAUGUAACAGAGACCCAGUAGAUGGCCCCGAUGGUUUAUAUGGAUAUGAUGUUUAUUUUGAUUCCCAAACGGUUUUUGAAGAUUAUUAUGAUCCGCUACCUGUAGCAGCACACAACUCAUAUCUUGAUGAUUUUGGUGGUGAUGGAAUACUAAAUCAACCAUGUCUCACAUCUACUGAACUUUGGAACCAUGAUCAUGGUGUCGCCGUUUCAAACACCAAUGCAAAUCAGAUGUUCAUAGAAACAUCAACUUCAGAUGGUGCUUAUGCUUUUCCUUCAACAAACACUAAUGAGGUGUUCUCGGCAAUGCCAACUUCAGGUGUGGCAUACGCUUCUGCAUCACCCAAUAUUGAGAUGACACAAGGGCAAAACACCCAUGUUGGAUAUGACUCGGGAUCAUGGAUCACUUCUGCACUCUCAACCUUAUUGGAUUCUGUGCCCAGCAGUCCUGCACUGGCAUCCGAGAAUGCGUUCAUCAACAAGGCACUUGAACGUGUUUCGAGUUUCAGAGGAGCGCAGAUUGGACUUUGUGGUGCAAGCACUAUAACGGAUGGACAAUCUUCUACUUCAAGAAGAAGACAGUUCCACAACAGUAGUUUCCUUUUUGUUUCAUUGCUGGUUGGGUUUAGUGCCGUAUUCUGGCUCUUCAUUGUAGGUGCUUCAGUCAAACUGUUCAAGGUGUUUUUCUCCAAGUUCAGUUCCUCUUAAAAGUGGGAAUAUGCAUGGAUAAUUUACGGCCUGUAACCAUAUUCAUGUAUCGUUUUAUUGAUGAUGUAAUGAGAAAGGAAGUUCUAGUUUUACUUCCA